UAAAUUUCACUUUCUAUCCACUUUCUGUCUCCAUUGUAUAUAUCAAAGCUCUUCUCAAAGUUAGUGUGAAUAGGAACCCUACCAACAACAACACCAUCAUCUACCUUUGCAAAUCCUUUUAUAAACCCAAUAUUUUUUUUUUUAAUUCACUCUCACUAUUGUUUAUAUUAUCAUAUUUAUAUUUGUGUGUGUGUGUGAGUGUGAUUACCUACCAAUGUCUUCCAAUUCCAAUGACAAGAAAAGUGUGUUGAGAAUUCUAUUCACAGCAAAUGGAAGCUGUGGUUGUGGCAAAACAAAGGCAAUUGAAGUGCACGAGCCAACCAAAAUACCCAAAAUACCCUCCACCCAUCACAAAAAGACAACAACAAACCAAACCAGCAGCAAGGCUUCCUCCACCACCACUUCCAACGACCACAACGGCGGCGCCAUCUCCAUCUCCUUCGACGACGAAGACGAAGAAUUCUCCUCCGCCACCAUCUCCGACACCGAAACCGCCACCACCAACAAGAGCCUCAACCACCACCACCGCCACCACGUGGCGCCGAAACAGAGCCCUCUGCUGAACAGCGUGGCGGUGGAGAAGGACUCAUCGGAUCCGUAUCACGAUUUCCGGCACUCGAUGCUGCAGAUGAUCUUCGAGAAGGAGAUAGAUUCGGAGGAAGAUCUUCAAGAUCUUCUACAGUGUUUUCUCCACCUGAAUGCUGCGUGUUACCAUCAUGUUAUUGUGAAGGCUUUCAAUGAGAUCUGUGAAGAUGCGUUUUCCGAUAAGGUUAGCACUGCUCCGGCGACGACGGAGCCUUCUCCGUCGCACAGGAACGGCCACUUCCUCAAAGGGAAGAGUGAGAGAAUUGGAUAAUGGUUACAUGGACACGUUGUCUCUCUAUUAAGAACUCGUUGAUGGAGGUGACCUAAAAGGCUCAGAUCCGGAAGUUUUGGUAUAUGGUCCUGUUGUGCAGCGUUGGUGGUGGCCGGUCGGAGGUGUGGGAGAGGGGCGUUGGAGGUGUGGAAGCUAUUGAGGUUGGUGGUGGAUUGAAAUUGGGUUGAAGGACAUUUUAGUCAAUUAAAGACUCAACCACAAUUAAUUUCAAUCAUUCAAUUUUAAAUUAUUAUAUCUAAUGGUUGUGGUUAAACUGAACCACCGUGGUUCACUUUUUAACCGUCUCACCUGAGCCAACAUCGCAUAUGCUAAUAAUUUGUCAUUUCAAUUCAGUGUGUCAGUUAAAAGU